CGCGACCACUCAUGCGCCGCGCGACUGUCAGCUCACACGUCCACCCACAGUCACCCUCGGGAACCACCACAAGGAACACAUAUUAUGUGCCAGUGAACUUAGUGAAGUGACUGCAUCCUGUGAUGUGCUAUUGAAGAGUGAUUUCCCAAGUGUUACAGCCGCAGCCUCUACCGCUUGACAAAAUAUGGUGAGAGGGGCGGCGUUAGCGUUGGUGCUAGCGCUGGCAUGGGCGUGCGAUGCGCGCGCCAGCGUGCUCGUGCCCGCCUACGCGCUGCCGCCUGACUCGUUCGUGCGCGAUCAGCGCAGUCUCGGGCCUCCCCCAGACACAGACACCGCGGAGUCCCAGCGCACCAUUAAGCGACUCAUCGGCGGUCACAUGAAAAACAAGGAAUACAGCUCCGUGAAGAACUCCAUUUCGUUUGAUGAUAAAAGCGAAAGCGGCAAGUUCAACGGCGUGAUCGCGGCGGACCAGUCGGGCGGCACCGUGGGAUGGAACCAGGGCAUAUGGGACGACGGCAUGCUCAUGUCCAGCGCCGGCGAGGGCAAGGAAAACGGAAAAGUGAAAGAGGAUGAGGAGGACAAAAAAACUUUGUCCGACCAAGUGGCAGAAGGGAAAUAUGGCCUCAUUCAAAAUGAAAUAUUCGCAAAGACACCUAAGCGUCCGGGAAUCAUAAGUUAUGAGCCGAACUCGGAAACGAGAACGAAAGAUAACCUUCAGAGUUUAGGUGGCUUGAAGAAAGACGAAAUAUGGCUAGCAGAAGAUCACUUGCUAGUUCUCAAAGGCGGCUCAUUCCCUGAACGUACCAAAGAGAAUGAACGCAGGCCAUGGCCACCGAUUGAUGACUACGAGGCGCCCAGAAGGCAAGUAAAGCUUCCUAAGAAACCCAAAGUGCCUCCGCCCUUUCCGGUACAACUCUCCGACAACGGACCGCUCGUCUUCCUUACGCCAAACGGUAGUGUCCCUGCGGCCCUAUUUCCACCCUUCCCAGCAGGAGAGGGCGAAGGCCCUCUUCCUCCUCCGCCAUUCCCAUUCCCACCGGGAGCGCCCUACGCCCCGGGUGAUUAUCCGGGAAACACUACUGCCGGGGGAGCGCCGUUGCCAAGUCCUCCGUUCCCAUUCCUACCCGGGAAUGCGAGCGAAGGAGCAUUCCCCUUCCUCCCACCCAUGAACGGAACUUUUCCAGAAGGCUUUCCUCCGGGCGCAGCGUUUCUACCACCACCGAGCAACCAGUCCGACCUGUACGACGAAGACGACCCUUCGAUUUACUAUCCGCCGCCUUACAAUUUUUCUUACCGCGCUGACUACAACAAUAGUGUGCCGGCUGGACCUUUAGUGCCUGGAAUAAUAUUGCCACCUCCACCGGACUUCUUCGCCCCUAUGGAGGAGAAAACAACUACAGAAACAUUACGAACAAAUAGACCAUCAACAUCUUACACGAGGCCCACAACGGCGAAACCAACACUUGGACCUGCCGUGUACAGAAACAAAUACAAGAGUAGACCUACGACAACAACGACGUCUACCACCGAAACGGUUAGGACUACUGAAGUACCAAGCACUAUUUCAACUCCACCGACGGUUGAAAUUAUAACGACGCCAAAGGCAAACUAUAGAAAACCACUUCGCAUACCAUCCAGGAAUCCUGUUCGAAUCCAAAAUCUGCCCGACGAAGUUACAACAAGGCCGAAAACAGAGAAACCCGUGUACAAAAUCAGAACCAAAGUCACUUCAAAACCUCUCUCAGUUUCUGUUCUUUACGAUUAUCCAGAUCAGAUUUAUGACACAAAGAUUCCUUCAACGACAGAGAAACCCUAUGUGCAAUAUGUGACAGAUAAAACGCCGAAUGUGAUCAUCAACGACAUCGUUACAUCAACCCCAGUGCCAUUAAGAGCAUAUUACUCCAGUAUCCAAAGUGACGUGCCUACUACGAAGUUACAACCUGUAUACAAUCCUAAACCUAACGACGCUUUAGCUUCUUUCUACUUCUUCGACGAGCAACCAAAGACAUCGCCGACUCCGGAGACAUACUUCGACGGUAGAAAAUAUUACAAGGCUGUGCCAGUAAGUCAAGCACCAAUAAAUCAAGCGCCAUAUGUGCAACCCAACGUAAAUCCUCAGUCUGGCUUCACUCCGUCAGUUGACGUCGCGUACGGUGCUAUCGAUCAAGCUGAUGCGCUUUUCAUAUGGCCACAGAAACAAGGACCCCGAACAGUCACACAGGAAUACUUCAGCAUACAAAAGCCGAGACCCCAACAAGUAUACGUCCAACAAUCGAAGCAAAGACCAGACGCUUUCUUCCAACAAAUAGCUGACAUCCAACAAACAAUAGAUUUAUUCACCACAAAGAGACCAAAGGCACAUUCGCAUCGUCCUCAUUCACACCACAAGCCCAAAGCUAUCACCUCCAGACCUGUAUAUCAGUACUAUCAAGCUCAAGCCAAACCAAGACCAGAGCAAUUGACAUUCCGUGCGCCCAAAUUAGAUCCUGAACCAUUCAGGCCCAUGGUAAGCUACAGCAAGCCCUUCAAUGUAGAAAACGAAUUCAAUGCAAUCACUCCGUCAGUUUCACCAGGCUAUCACCAACAGUAUCUGAUUGAGAGCAUAGUGACCACCGAAUCUCCAACAUCAUCUAGAUAUUAUCCAAAAUCAAAAACGCGAGACGAAGACUAUGAUGAUGGUCAUAUUGAGAAAAUACCCAAAGGAACCAGAAAUCACAUACCCAUACAGAAUGAUAAACCAUCUGUGAUUCAGUACAUCAACAAGCAACCGAGUACGACUUCGAACCCAAUCGAGAAUGGAUAUUACACCAAACAAGAUGAGAGAUACCUGGACGAUAUUACAAGAAACUCCUUCGACAUUUUCGGGAAGAAAAUAGAGGAUAACACCCACGACGUUAAUGGUUUGGCCGUGACGCCACCAUUAGAGACUGUCAAAACGCCAAUCGACAACAACAUCAACAUACAAUACGCGUACGAGAUAGUCGAAUCCCAGACCAACCCACCAUCUCUAGACAGAGAUACUCUGGUCAACGACCGAUUACCGCGACCGCCUGUAAACCCCGACAGCGAACAAAUUCAAGGGCAUCGAAACGCGGAACUAAUACAUCAGAAACCGCCUUCAUUAUUAGACGACACGCUUGUUAACGAGCGGUUACCGCGGCCGACGAUAAACCCUGACAGUGAGUUUAUUCCCAUCCCUAAUCCAGGAUACAGAUCAGAGCAAUAUAGACACCAAAGUCAGGUGCAGAGGCCCCAGUUCGCUGGAGAGCAGUACGAUUUGAACAGACCUAGUUUAGGGGGUGACACAGCGGUCAAUUAUAGGCGACCGCUGCCUCCCAUUAAUCCUGAUGCCGAGUGGAUAGGUCCAGCGAAUCCUGUGAACGCGGCCGGGGAAGGGAGACCAGGGUCUUUCGUAUCGUACCGGCUGCCAGGGGAAGGUGCCCAUGUAUACUUCCUGACGCCACAGGCGGCGCGGGCAGCUCGAGAGAGGUUCCGAGCGCCGGGCUACGGACGGUGAAACCAAAGCUCUAGUCUGAGAACGUCGCGACGACGUGCAGUGUAAAUAUAAAGCGCAAAUGUGAUGUUUAAGUGUCCUAAGUAGUUUAAGGAACGAAAGACUAGCGGGCGGUCGCCCUAAUUGCCAUAAUAUUUAAACGCGAGUUUUUUUUUCUAGUUUAUAUACUCCAGAGCGAUGUUUAUGAACAAUAUGGACGCUUUUCUAUGAUUUCGUCGACUAUUUAUUAAUUUAUUUUAAGAGACUGUGGUGCGUGAUGCAUAAUUAAUUUAUUUAUGUCAGUAUUCUCAAUGAUGAACUAUGAGGGAUGGAGGGAUGAUGUGAUAUGUGUGGCGAAUAUUGUGAGCUAUCAUAUAAUUUUGUAAUAACAAUUGUUAUUUUAAUUGUUAUAAUGUUUUUUAAUAAUGACAAAUCAUUGUGAUUUUGUAUUGAAAUAAACGAAAAUUUUCUAUUUA